AUGCGAAACGUUAAGCUCUUGAUUACUUAUCUGAACACUAUUUACUUACUAACUAUCACAAUGACAAGUGUUCAUAAAAGAAUUUCUAUAAGACUUUCAAAGUGCCAUGACAACGCUGAAGGCCGUCCACAAGUUAUGGGAAAUACAAAAAGAAUCAAAAGCAAUGCAUUGAGAUGGAAAUUCUUAUCAGUUUAUCCUCAAGGAUCAAAAUGCAUAGAUUCGUCUAUUCAGUCAGUAGGACCAAUCAUAAUCAACAAAGAAAAAAAUCUCAAGUGUUCCCGGAACCAAUAUAUCAAACAGCACAAUAAUCAUAACAAAAAUCUACCUACAAAGCUAGAUGAAUUAGAAAGCAAGUUAUUGAGGCAUCCUUUACUAUUAUUUCCUUACUUGGUUCAGUACUUACCUCUUUCUGUUUCGAAGACAGUAAUUGAUUUGUUAGAUCGGCCACAUAAAGAAAAAUUGAUAGAUUUGGUUAAAAUAGCAAAACAUCAGAAUAUUCAUGAAAAUGUUCAUAAUAAAACAGGAAUAAAGUUAUCUAAACAAUCAAAUGGUGGUUUAAUAAGUGAUAGUAAGUUACAAUCUUCAGUUAGCUCAAUUCAAUCAAACAUUGAAAAUGAAGAUUCGAUUGAACCAGAAAUGUUCAUAGAAUACUCAUCAAUCAAGGAAGAAACAUUAGCAUUUUGUGAAUUUAUUAAGAAUUUGGAUGGUUCAUCAAUCGACAAUCCGGAACCAACAACACUAGCAAGUUUAUUUGCUGGAACACAUGAAGCUCAACCCCCAGUAUCAACACCAAUUAAUGUUGUUGAAUUGAUUAAUUUACCAUAUGAAUUAAGACACUCUAUUAAAGAACCACCCAAAUUACUCUGUGAUAAGCAUUCUUUGACUGAUUCAGAGAGUUUACCGCGUAUAACUAAGUCAAAUGCGGCUAAAAGGCAAGAAAAGAAUUUUGAAAGAUUACAUUAUGGUGCAUGGUAUAUUCCACCAAAACAAUGGAAAGUUAUCAAAGAUAAUGGUGCGAACACGAUAUACAAUAAAAGUGAAUUUGAAAAUGUUAAAACUCAAUCACAUAAGGGACAAGUAGAAAGCUUGAAUGGGAAAAUGAAAGAGACACAUGGAUACGAUGCCUUUAUGGAAUUUAUACAAAAUAAAAAUAAACGUAUACCUAAGUUUAUGAAAUUGCAAUAAAGUAACCUGAAAAUUGUAAAUCGAUCGAAAAUCGUUUGCCCUGUUGGAAUUCUCUCAAUUUUCGAAACUGACCUAGUGCUUUUCAGCUUUAUUACUGAGAAAACCAAUGUUCAGAGCUUCCUUUCUAAUAAAGACAAACACUACAUAUUCAAAACACUAACUUUAGUCAUGAAUUAAUCUAUCUGUUUUCUUAAAAGGCCUAAACCAAAAUUUCUACUUGAUGUAGUUAUAAUAUAAUAUUCAGAAAUUCUCUGCUCGUUUAUUCUAGUGUUAUGAAUAUGGAAAAAGCAGUGGUCUAUUAAAUUAGGACGAUAUGAACUCGUUUCAUUUACUUAACAUUCUUAUUGGUUGCUAACUACCUAAAAGUAUCUUUGCAUUGAAAUGUUUAAUCAGUUAAACCGAAUCAUUAUUGGUAAAGAAUUGAGUGAAAAUCAACCCUUUCGUUUAAAAUUAAAUUAGUUCUGAAGCCACAACUAAUAAAAACACGUUGAUUAGACCAUCCAUUAGCCAAAUACAAAAACUAUGUUGCACACAUAGUGCGGCGAAACCAGCGUUAACAAAUCCGUCAUUCCCAAUACCUUUAAGAAUAACGAAAGUAAAUUCGACCAAAUAUGAAUUGCUUACCUACUUACAGCACUUUUUUAAAGCUAACAGUGUCUAACACUAUUUAGUGUUAAUAUUAGUACAGAAGGUCUUCAACUUCGUUGUUUUCGUCACAGAUGACAAUUGUAUUAUCCAUGUAUUCCUUAAAUAAGUGAAAUCUACUAGUCGUUGGUCAGCGAACAGUAUCUUCUAGGCUCUCCCUAAAACAGUAUACUAGGAGAUAAGCCAAUGUUGAUUGUAUCACGACGCUACCAAGUUGCCUUAAAAGUUCGCCACUGAAUUUGAAUUCCUUAUUGAAGCGAUAAAGUAGGAGUAACGCUUUUAAAUAAUUUUGGGAUAUCUAUGUCAAGGUGGUUAUGACUAACCUUUAAAAAAACUGUUCGAUGGACGAUCGUUAGGUUCCUUUUGCACAAGCUAUAAACGAAAGUUUUUACCAACUUCGCCGAAAAAAGGGAACCUAAAGAUAUCCUACGUGAACUCAAUCACUGUCAAAAGUCAAUUACUUUCACACCAAAACAAAAGGAGAAAUCAAAAUUGCACCUCCAUACUGUUAUUAUGUUCAUAAUGAGUUACCAACCUUUUUCCUAUUUAAAUUAGUCAGUUUCCCGGCACCUCG